CCGGCCCCGAGCAGCCCCCGCGCCGCCGCCGCCGCCGCCCCGCGCCUGCCCGCCCCGCCGCUGGAUGCCGGCGGCCGGCGGCCGAGCUCGCACAGGCGGAGGGCGGCACGGGCGGCGGCGGCGGCGGAGGCGCGGGCGGCCGGCGGCACAGCGGCGGGAGCGCGGGCCCGAGCGCUAGCGCCGGCCAUGCCCGGCCCCGGCGGCCUCCCCGACGGCGGCGGGGGUGCGGGCGCGCCGGGGACGGCGGCCGUCGGGGACCCCAGCCCGGACCCUGCGCCCGCGCCCGAGCCCGACGACGCGACCGCGGCGCUCCGCCUCGCGCUAGACCAGCUGUCGGCGCUGGGGCUGGGGGCCGCGGGCAGCGCGGACGAGGAGAGCGCACCGUUUGGCGAGGAUGAAACAGUGGCGGGGUCGGAGCCUGCGCCCCCCGACGGGCCGGAGCCAGGCGUCCCUGCAGCGGGGGCUGUAGCCGAGGUCCCUGCCGCCUCGCCGGAGCCCGACGUGAGCCCCUCGCCGCCGCCGCCGCCGCCCCCCAGGCCAUCGCCGCCCGACGUGUUCGCCGGCUUCGCGCCCCACCCCGCGGCGCUGGGCCCCCCGACGCUUCUGGCAGACCAGAUGUGCGUGAUCGGCAGCCGCAAGAAGAGCGUGAACAUGACCGAGUGCGUGCCCGUGCCCAGCUCGGAGCAUGUUGCGGAGAUCGUGGGGCGCCAGGGGUGUAAAAUCAAAGCGCUGCGCGCCAAGACCAACACCUACAUCAAGACGCCAGUGCGCGGCGAGGAGCCCGUGUUCAUCGUCACGGGCCGCAAGGAGGAUGUGGACAUGGCCAAACGGGAGAUCCUGUCAGCCGCCGAGCACUUCUCCCUGAUCCGGGCCACUCGCGGCAAGGCAGGUUGCCCGCCAGGUGCCGCCCCAGGCCCGCCCAACCUGCCAGGCCAGACCACCAUCCAGGUGCGCGUGCCCUACCGCGUGGUGGGGCUGGUGGUGGGGCCCAAGGGUGCCACCAUCAAGCGAAUCCAGCAGCGGACGCACACGUACAUCGUGACACCGGGGCGCGACAAGGAGCCGGUGUUCGCUGUGACUGGCAUGCCGGAGAACGUGGACCGCGCGCGGGAGGAGAUCGAGGCGCACAUCACACUGCGCACGGGCGCUUUCCCCGACGCGGGCCCCGACAGUGACUUCCACGCCAACGGCACCGACGUGUGCCUGGACCUGCUGGGCGCAGCCGCCAGCCUCUGGACCAAGGCACCGCACCCUGCACGGCGACCGCCCGCAGCCCCCUCCAGCCUCCGCAGCGACAGCGCCCUGGGCGCGCCCGGCGGCCCCGAAGCCUUCUACGCCAGCAGCCGCGGAGGACCACCCGGGCCGGACCCAGGCCCUGCCAGCCCCUAUGGCGGCAGCGGAGGAACUAGCAGCAGCUCCGGCAACGGGACCUUCACCUUCGGAGGGGACGGCCCCGGGGCGCCCACAGGGACAGCCGCCCCCGACGACGGGGACUUUGGCUUUGACUUCCUGGCGCUGGACUUGACGGUACCCGCCGCUGCCACCAUCUGGGCCCCGUUCGAGCGGGCGGCACCCCUGCCGGCCUUUGGCACCUGCUGUGCCGUCAACGGGGCUCCUGCACCGGCCCCCGGGGGCGCCCGUCGCAGUAGCGGUGCUGGCAGCCCGCGCCACUCCCCUACGCUGCAGGAACCGGGCCUGGGCCUGGAGCUGCCCCUGACCCGGCGCCCCGCACCCGACCCGGUGGGCGCCCUGCCCUGGCGGGCUGCACCCCAAAGCUCCCUGCCCUUCCCUAGCGGUGGCAGCAGCAGCAGCAGCACUGGUGCUGGUGGCACCGGCUUCUCCGCAGCCCCCUCGCUGCCCACCAGCGCCCCGCUGGACUCCCCGGAGAGCAAGCCCAUCCCGACCACAGCCACCACCACCUCGUUGCCGUCAUCGGCAGCGACAGCCGUGGGCACGGCGGUUCCGGCCACAGUGUCUCCCGCGGCAGCGACCCCGGCCCGCGAGUGCGUGGUGUGCGCAGAGGGCGAGGUCAUGGCUGCGCUCGUGCCCUGCGGCCACAACCUCUUCUGUAUGGACUGCGCCAUGCGCAUCUGUGGCAAGAGCGCGCCCGAGUGCCCAGCCUGCCGCACGCCGGCCACACAGGCCAUUCAUAUCUUUUCGUAGCGCGGGAGGCUUGCGGGGCGGCGCGGCGGGGCAGAGG